AUGGUUGAAUCAGCUGUUGAGAAAUCCCCCUUCGCUGCCGUCAUUCAGAAAUACCGCCCUAAUCUGGCGCCGUACGAAGAGCUCUACAAACAUUGCCAUGCCAAUGGAGAACUCUCGACGCAGGAGAAAGAAACAGCUUCGUUGAUCACUUCGCAUCUGAAGAAACUCUCAAACGACCUUGACAUACGCACGGGGAUAGGCGGGCAUGGCCAGGUCGCCAUCUUGAAGAAUGGACCUGGAAAGACCAUCCUCCUGCGGGCUGACAUCGAUGCUCUUCCGAUCCAGGAGAAGACGGGGCUACCCUACGCCAGCAGCAAGACGAUGCGCGACACGGACGGACUCGUCAAGCCCGUGAUGCACGCCUGCGGACACGACUUCCACAUCACGUCGCUACUGGCCGCGGCAGAGACACUCAUUGCCGCCCGCUCGACGUGGUCAGGCACUAUAGUCUUUCUGUUCCAGCCCGCUGAAGAAAGAGGGAGCGGUGCCCGCGCCAUGGUGGAUGACGGUCUCUACGCUGCGGACAAACAUGCCUGUCCCAUUCCCGACGUUGUGCUCGGCCAACACGUGUUUCCUCUCCAGGCGGGAAAGACAGCCACGCGAGCGGGACCAGUCAUGUCUGCGGCGGACAGUUUCAAGGUGACAAUCUACGGCAGUGGCGGGCACGGCAGCAUGCCGCAUGUCACGAUUGAUCCUGUGGUCAUUGCCUCGCACAUCGUCGUGCGUUUACAGACGAUUCGGUCCCGCGAAGUACCUCCCGACGAGACGGCCGUGGUCACGGUGGGAGCCCUGCAGGCCGGCAGCACGGAGAACGUCAUCUCGGACGAGGCCGUGCUGAAGAUCAACAUCCGCAGCGUGAGCGUCGAGUGGCGCCAAAAGAUCCUGGACUCGGUCAAGAGGAUCAUCAAGGCCGAGUGUCUCGCGGGCGAUUGUCCCAAGGAGCCCCUGAUCGAGCCGACCUCGUCGUUCCCCCUGACCGUCAACGACGCCGAGGUUGUGGGUGAGAUCAACAAGUCCUUCACCACAUACUUUGGCGAGAAGAACCACGAUCCGAACCUCAAGAACGUGCUGGGGAGUGAGGAUUUCGGGAUUCUGGGCUCCAGCAUCGGGAAGCCAUAUUGCUUCUGGUUCUUUGGUGGGCACGACGCGGGCAUGUACGACGAGAUGGUCAAGAAGGGCGAGGAGAAGAAGAUCCCCGUGAACCACAGCCCCUUCUUCGCACCGGUGGUGCAGCCGACGUUGACGGUGGGGAUUGAUGCGUUGGUUGUGGCGGCGUUGACCUAUGUGGGUAAAAAGUGA